CUUUGCUAAAUGCAUCUCCUGUGAUAAAAAGUGAAGAAUGAAGAGCGUUUUUUCAGAUGUGACAACACAGGUUUAUAGUGACAUAGCUUUGCUCUUGUCUCAGUGCAGCAAUGUUUAUAGCGCAGAGGUUCCUGGUGCAAUGCAGGAACUGGCAAAACAAAUAGUAGAUGAUGGUCUGAAAGAAAUGUUCCUAUCUUCAUCUAAUGAGGAAUGCAUUCAGCUGAUGAGAAGUGAGAAGUACCUUACACUGAAGAAGAAAAUGGAAAUCUUUCUGCAACGCCAUGGACACAGAUGUGUUCGAGAAGCAGAGAUGAGAGAGAAAUCCUGGCACCAGGACCCUUCCAAGCUGAUAAAUGUUUUGAAGGUCAUUUUAGAGACGGGAUCCUAUGAGAGCAGAGCAAAAGACCAUCUAACACCCGCUCAGCUGGUCAGCAAGAUCAAAACACCACUGCCUUUCAUCAAAAGGAAAAUCAUGCAGUAUCUCUUACCUACAAUGUGGAAGGCAGUGGGAGAUCGUGAGUGGGGCAAGUCCCUCGCCAUCGUGUUGAAUGAUAUCUUCAAAUGCGCUUAUUGGACACUGGCUUCUCUCAUGGUGAAAGAGGGACGAUUACCAGAGGAAGACUUGCUGUUUUUCUUGACCCACUAUGAGAUUGGUACAGUGAUAAAGACUCGCUCAGCUCGACUCAUUAUGAAGGCACAGUGUCGAAGAAAGGUUUUACAUAAGCAAAUGGCACUCCGCUUUCCAAGGCUUUCUUUUGGAUACCCUAAACCAAUAGAGAGAGAAACCAAGAAGAUUGACAAGGAUGAUGGUGAUGCUACUGCAGUCUUAAAAGGAAUGCCAGUCAGUCGAGGUGUGGUCAGGGGACCUGCAAGAGUUGUGCUGACUCUUCAUGAAGCACGAACCAUUCAAGCAGGGGAUAUUUUGGUGGUAGUCUUCACUGAUGUUGGCUGGACACCUUACUUUCCAUUGAUUGCUGGUCUUGUGACUGAACUGGGUGGUCUUGUGUCGCAUGGAGCAGUGGUGGCCAGAGAGUAUGGAAUCCCCUGUGUUGUCAAUGUGCCAGGUGCAACUGUGAAGAUCUCCAAUGGAAUGCUGCUUGAGCUGAAUGGAGAAAAAGGAACUUUGCAUGUGCUAUGAAGGUUAUCAUCCAGCAUGCAGCAGGGGAGACAAUCUAAAAUGGCUUUGAGCAGGAUUGAGGCAGCAAUCACCUGCAAGAAAAAUAGAACUGUUACUUUAUGAUAAAUGGUGACUGAGCUUUAAAAAGUCACGAUAGUUAUUGCUGUCAUUCUCGUUGGACAACAAAAAUCAUAGAAAGCUACUGAUUGCGCUGAUCGUGAAAUCAACAAUUUGGUCAGGAAGCAAAGAACCAAGAUAAAAUUGUUCAUUUGCAGUUUGCAUUUUUGUUUAGAUUAUCCCAUUUUCGGUGGAGAACUUAUCAAGUGUUUGAUCUACCCCCCCUGAAAAUUUACCUGGGUGAAUAAACCUUGUUCUUAAGUGCUAUGAGCAUGCUCCUUAGGAGUGUGAGUAUGCUCUUUACAAAUUUUGCAUUUUUUAUUAUUUUUAAACCCAUUAAUCAGCCCUUUUUUUUAACUAUUUAUCCAACAAAAGAAGUUACUGAUCCAAAAUAAAACUGUUCAUAAGCAAUUAGCAUCUGAUUUACAUUAUGCUAUUGUAAUCUUGCAAAUAUUUUGAUACAGAAUUUUUUAAAUGUUGUGCAGGUGUAUGAAAUACCUAAGCAGCUUUUUUUUUUUAAAAAUAUUGGCUGAAUAUAGGUUUUACAAAUGUGAACAAGAACUGUGGACCAUUGGUAAAUAAUUUCCUAGCUAUCCCAGUGAUAUGUAAAGUAGCACAUGCAUGUUUUUUUGGGAAAACAAAUGAAUGCUGAUCACAGGCAUUUUAUAAGUUGUGCCUGUGUACAACCUUGUACGUUCCUUUGUUAUGAGAAUAGCUUCUCAGUACACAUCUGUCAUAAUGCUCUUUUGUGCAGCCACUUAGUAGUACAUGGCUGCUGUUUUUGUUUGUUUGUUUUGGUCAAAUAGACGUUGAUAAACUUUGCUUUAAAGGUACUGUAUUAACAUACCGAGUUUUUAUUAUUAUUAAUUGCAGUAAUAAAAUGAAAUGAAAAAA